AUGUUUGUAUGGUUGCGCUGGUGUCUCUUCUGCCCUUCUCACAAGGUUCAGGCAUGGGGUAUAGUUAUUCAUAAAGAAGCCUAUCCUUGCCAGGGCAAAUCUCUUCUGGGCGGAAGUGGAGCCGGCGUGCUUGCAGUGAUGGCGGAAAAUGAAAAAUUCACUGGAGUGAACAACCCGGGCCGUUGCUUAGGCAACCUGAUCUCUGUUGGUUAUGAGUGGAGAAGGGAAGUGCUGUCCGGGGGUUGGUCUUAA